CACAUCGGCCGUUGGAGGUUGAAGUACGUACCUAUUCUACUUGAUAUAUGGAAUGUGUUUACAGCAGCACCGAAACUCAGUCGUGCUUGCUAUUGUGGUCAAGCUGAACAUUUCAGAUCACGUGCAUCCCAAAGGCCUAAGACCUUGAGCAACGUGAGACAUCCACGGACGUCAAUCGCCCUCGAUGAUCUCAAUUGGGCUUCACUUGAGAGGCUUGUUUACUCCAAUAUUGAUACACUUCCCUAUACAGCUCCCAUACCAGCCUCAUUAUGAACACACGGUCGAUCCAACGAUAGGCGGCCGGGGGUCUAUCGAUGCUGACCCUCUGUGCAACUCAACCCCUCCACACCACACCCACACCCUAGCCAAACCUAACCUAACUUUCCCUGGCAUAUUUGCAGCUGCAAUUGACCAACGGCCGUUCAGCGAAGGAGUCAGGAAUUUGCUUGGCCAGCUUUGUCAAAGUUUCGGGAAGUCAACACCCUUCCUAGUGCCUACUCACGUGCAAUAUGACGGAACAGAAACGCGGCUCGCGGGGUUAUCACCGUUCAAAAAUUGCCAAAGGACCGAAUGGGGAACGGAUCACUCCCAAAAACAGUGUUGAUGGAAUGGCUAGUAGCUCUGAGGGUAACUCAACCUCUUGGAAGUUUACUUGUAAUACACAAGCAAGUCGCUUACAUCAACCCACAGAUGAAGAUAUGCGCAAGCCAGAUCAAUUACCUCAUUCGCCACUUGCGUUUGAGGAAAUCGGAAUCGCAGAAAUAUUAGAUGAAGAUACGAGGCCAACUUUCGUCUUAGAUCUGCGCCCAAUCGACAUAUCUCACCCUAACGAUCGUGGCCUGAAUGUAGUUUUUUGCAACAAAUCCCUUCGCUUCUGGGACGAACUUCGAGGUGUGAUUGCAGCAGAGACAUUUUAUCCCGAUAUUGACUUACCAACUCCAACCUCUGUGACACAAGAAGCCUCCCAGUCGGAAGUCGAAUUUCGAGAUUGGGCAAAUAGCCCACCCGAUUCUGCAGAUGGCUGGUUGCCCAGGCACACAUUUCGUGGUAAGUAGGCUGGUAAUGAUGCUGGCUUCACUUUGCGUUGCAGCUUUUCCUCCAAUAGCUUUGCUUUUCGUCGUCUCUCAUUUUGCACGCAACUAUUCUUAUGUAUCCGUUCUUUGCUAGUAUAUAGGGGAUACUCACAUUUGCUGUUAAUUCACACAACUUUAAGAGAGAAAAGCAUCUUUGGUCAACCCCCCAAAACCGUCUAGCUGAUGCUGAUUAUUGACGAAAGCCGAGGUUUCCUCUCCAAAAGUUAUUUUGCCUCCCGAUUUUCUCGAACGAUUGGAAGGCAUUUCUCUAACUUGGGUCAUAGGAAUGUAUUGGACUUGUACGACUUUGAGAAACCGUUGGCGAGUAAUCAGUGCGUCCCAUAUACCUCACCAACGCCUCCAAAGGCGUGGUUCUAGAUCGAAUUCCAUCUCAGCCGCAUGGAGCCAGGACAGUGAGGACCAGGAAGAAUCGUCCUUAUCAAAACAACUUGCUGAUAGCGAAUCGAAGUUUAGAGUUCUGACAGAGCUGAAUCCAGUAGGAAUGUACUAUCUCUCGCCCGAGGGCAAUAUUGUCUACGCAAAUGAUAUGUGGUAUCGAAUUACAGGGCAUCCUCGAGGGCUCGAAGCAGAAAUGAGCUUCAUGAACGUAAUCUCGGAAGGAGAGCACGAUAAGAUGAAAGUCGAAUGGGAAACCUUGACUACCCAACGAGUAGGUUUCUCCUUUCCAUUUGCGCCUUAGUUGGAAUUUCAUUAAGACUUGCCGAGACACUGUUCUACGAAAUUUCUGGGUCCUGAAUUGAUGUUUGCACUGGCAAAUGUUGACUCCGAGAACUUUCUAGGGCAGGAGAACUUUUGAGCUGAGACUUCGCAAUCCUUGGAUGGAUGAAACGGAUGGGACUUUCAAACAAAAAUGGAUCUUAGCAUCUUGCGACCAGGAAUUCUAUGAUGAUGGAAAAUUGAAAAGUAUCAUGGGUUGCAUAACAGAUAUUUCAAGCCAAAAGCACGCCGAGCAAAGUGCAAACGAAAGAGCAGAGUUGGUGGAAAAAUUGGCCGAACGUACACAAGAAGCCGCCCAUCAUGCCAGGAAUUUUCAACAAAUGGCAGAGUUGGCCCCUUGUGGAAUGGUAACAUUCGAUAACCAAGGAACAAUUACGUGGGCAAAUCCACAGUGGUACGAAAUGACGGGGUUACCACGAAACGAACAGGACCACGAACCAAUGUCGUUUUUGAAGUCAGUAGAGCCAGAAGAUUACGAGACGUUUGAGAAAGCUUGGAAGAAGUUGAUUGAAGGAAAAGAGGAAAUAACCUCAGAAUUGAGGGUCAAAAAGCCUUGGAUUCGACACCGCGAGAGCAAAGAGGCUGAUAAUACGUGGAUACUAUUUCUUGCAUUGCCUCAAUUAGAUGCCGACGGAAACAUCGCCAAAGUAUUUGGAUGCUCAACUGACAUAAGUCAUUUCAAAUGGGCAGAAUCGGUCUCACGUAACAGCCGACUUCAAGCCGAAGAAGCAAAACGACAGCAAGAAGCUUUCAUUGAUAUGACAAGCCAUGAGCUGCGAAAUCCAUUGAGUGCAAUUAUGCUUUCUGCUGAUGAAAUUGCCAGCUCGUUCCUUGACUUGAAAUGCUUGGCCCACCAGCCAGCCAUCAUGAGUGAAGACCAGAUUGAAAGUAAUUUUGAGGCUGCACAAACGAUUACUCUUUGUGCUCAACACCAAAAGAGAAUCAUCGAUGAUGUUCUGACUCUUUCCAAGUUGAACUCGGCGCUACUUCAUGUAACGCCAGUUCAUGUACAGAUCGAGUCAACGGUUCGAAGGACCAUGAAAAUAUUUGAUAGUGAGAUACGAGCGCACAAUCUCAAGCUCUCCAUUCUUGUGGAUGAAUCAUUUCAGAAUUUGCAGGCUGAUGGGGUCUUCUGCGAUCCUGUUCGACUAACACAAGUCUUCAUCAACUUGUUAACAAAUGUAAGAUCCCCAUUGUCUUGGAGAGCCCAUUCGUUUACAAGUCCGACGUCGUUCGACUACGGGCACAAAGAUUACUAUCUGUCCCUCUUCUUAAGCAGAUGCACAAAUAUCACCAUCAUUCCUUACAUUACCCAUAGACUCUUUUGAGUUCUAACAAAACAUAGGCAAUCAAGUUUACACGUUCCGAAGAAAAGCGGGAAAUCUCGGUAGUUCUAUCAGCGUCUACUGCCAGAAGAGACAUAGAUUUAUCAUGUACCAUCGAAUGGUUUCCAUCGAAAGAGUCGAAGCCAGAUCCUACAUUGAAACCUGAAUGGGGAAGCGGUCAACAGAUGUAUCUCUUUUUCGCAGUUAAGGAUACUGGUCGAGGCCUUUCUGAGGAGGAGAAGGCGAAGCUGUUUAAUCGGUUUAGCCAAGCAAGUGUCAGAACUCACGUUCAGUAAGCAAGAGAAUGAUUUGUUUUCGCGAAUUUUGUUUUGAGCUCUUGGGCCUUAUUCAGAUUAUUUUCAUUAGGGCUAACUGCCAGUAGAUACGGUGGCUCAGGUCUCGGAUUAUUCAUUUCUAGAGAGCUCACAGAGCUCCAGGGAGGAGAAAUUGGGGUAUCUUCAGCCGCAGGAGAAGGCAGUAAGUCACGUAUUUUUUGGUUCAUCAAAUAAAGCUUGUGGUAUCAAGAAUUUGAUAGCUGCGGUCUUUCGCGGCCAUUAUUCAUUCUGCCGAAAUUGACCUGAUCAUUGAUAGGCACUUUCGUAUUCUAUAUCAAAGCGCGUCUCUCCGGGGGACUAGACAGCGGAAACCACACAAGAAACAUCUCCAUCACUAGCCAGGCGUCAAAUGAAGCAAAUGCAGAUGCACACACAACCAAUCCCAGACCGCGGCGGAAUUACCACAUUCUACUUGUAGAAGACAAUCUAAUUAAUCAAAAAGUGCUAAGUAAACAACUCCGCAGCGCUGGGUGUACCGUUCAUGUUGCCAACCAUGGGGGAGAGGCCCUGGACUUUCUCUCCAAAACUAGAUUAUGGAAAGAAAACCAGACGAAUCCUAAUAGCGAAACGGCAAAUCGACCCAUGGACUUGUCGAUUAUAUUGAUGGAUCUUGAGAUGCCUAUCAUGGAUGGACUGGCUGCCACUCGAGCGAUCCGUGAUCUUGAACGGGAAGGAAGGGUGAAUCAUGUGCCUAUUAUUGCUGUGACGGCCAAUGCUAGGAUGGAGCAGAUGAGUGUUGCUACUGAGGCGGGGAUGGUAUAGCAUUCCCAUUAUCCACCUUCUUUUUUUGUUCUUGCUAACUGGGGGGGUUUAUAGGAUGACGUUGUUCCUAAACCCUUCCAAAUACCCGAGCUUAUGCAGAAGGUUGAUGGGCUUGUGAAGCGGAACUAAUGAUUCUCCUGCCUGGUCUGAUGUUUUUACUCCCUGCGAGGUGCUUGGGAACUUCUCUGGGAAUUCCUUUACCUGCCUUUUUGCAUCGGCUCACUAGCUUCUUUCUAUCUGUGCCGGAUGGAUACGAGUCCUGGAGUGUGUAUGCAUACACACCUUUCACUCCCUCUUUGCAUGAUGGUUCUGGCGUCAAUUUCCACUUCCACUUAAUACCCCUCGUCUUUUUUUUAUCCGUAGAGGGACAUAACACGGUAGAGUUUAUGAGAUAAGAUGGGAUGGGAUGGGGUGUGGGUAAAGGUUGUCGCACUAGAUGGGUUGUGUUGUGUUGCUUUCAAGGAUUCAAGAUGGGUGGCUACCUUACCUAAGAGAUUGAGACUAGGCGACUGAAUGGGUUGUACUGGUGGAUGGUUGGUUCUUGGGUCUUGG